UAUGGCGACGCAGCCAUGGGCCUUGUGGAGCUGUUCUCGGAGCCCGCGCAGCGCACGCGGUACCGCGCCGGGCUCUGCUCCGCCGCCGCCUUGGGUCUCGCGCUGCUGGGCGCGCUCACCUACGUGCCGCCGCUGCUCGUGGCCUACCGUAGCCACGGUCUGUGGCGCACGCUGGCCGCGUACCGCGAGCAGCCGUCCGUCCGCUUCCGCUACGAGGCGCUGCUGCUGGCCACGACUGCGGCGCCGGGCGGCGGCCUGGCCUGGAGCACGUUCCCCGCCUUCAACCGCCUGCAGGGAGAGCGCCUGCGCGUCCCGCUCGUCGCGACUAGAGAAGAAGAUAAGAAUCAAGAUGGCAAAAUGGACCAGUUGCAUUUUAAACUGGAACUUCCUUUGAAGCCUGCGGAGGAAGUGCUUGGUGCGCAGCUCAUUCUGACCUUCUCCUACCAGCUGCAUAGGAUGUCAACAUUUGUGAUGCAGAGCAUGGCUUUUCUGCAGUUUUUCUCUCCAAUUCCAGGGUCCCAGCUGUACGUGAAUGGAGACUUGAAAUUACAGCAGAGGCAAUUACUUAGCCAUCGUGGACUAGACACCAGAUACAAUAUAUCUGUGAUCAACGGCACAAGUCCCUUCGCACGUGACUAUGAUCUCACUAACAUCAUUGCAGCAUAUCAGGAUAGAAAUGUAACGACAGUUCUUGCAGAUCCCAAUCCUGUUUGGCUGAUAGGAAGAGCAGCAAAUGCACCUUUUAUUAUUAAUGCCACCAUUCGGUAUCCAGUGGAAGUUAUUUUGUAUCAGCCAGGUUUCUGGGAGAUGAUUAAAUUUGCCUGGAUCCAGUAUGUUAGUAUCCUGCUUAUUUUUCUUUGGGUAUUUGACAGGAUAAAAAAAUUUGUGUUCCAGAAUCAGGUGCUGACCACAGUACCUGUAACAUCAGCAUCCUUGACGCCAUCGCACAAAGCACACCAGUCCUGAGCAGAUACUUGGAGACAUGCUUGAAGAUGAGGAGCUUGGUGAAUACCUUCUGGAUCGUGUUUGGUUCAUGCUAUUACUGUCUAAGACUCCUUUUGUAUUCUUUUCUUUGCGUCAGGCUUAUUUGAGCGCUGCACUGGGAUUCGUGUUUCUCAUGUUUGUUGACAGUUCAAGAGGAAUGGAUUCAGUUUUGCAACAAGAUUGCAUUUCAAAACCCAUGCAGAUUAUGAUGGGACCUACUUUGCUGAAAAUUCUAUCACCUUUGAUUGAUUAGCUUACUCAGAAUUUGGUUCAAAAUGCAACAUGAAAUAAUGGUGACUCACAAGGUAAUAAUAGCUAUGUAAACAACUUGUAUUGUCUUUAUUUCCUGAAUAAAUUUACAAAUAAAUCCUGAAAA